AUGUCAAGAAGGCGCGGAUUAUCUUUGGAUGAAAAACGUAACAAGAUGAUGGAACUCUUCUACGAGAAGAAUGAGUUUUUCACUCUUAGGGAAUUGGAAAGGCUCUCCCAUAAAGAAAAAGGCAUACCGUCGAUGACAGUUAAGGAUAUCCUGAUGAGUCUUGUUUCUGAUGGCCUAGUUGAUUCCGAUAAAAUUGGCACCUCGAUUUAUUUUUGGGCGUUUCUCAGCAAGGCGGGUCAAAAUAGGCGUAAAAAGAUCGAGGAUCUGCAAUCUGAAAUACUUCGUUUAGAGUCUCGUUUCCAAGACAUGGAGAGAAUGCUUGUAAAAGCUAGACUAAAUAAGGAAGAAACGACUGAACGAGAAGAAGCAUUAUCCACACUGGGUUCGAACCAGUUGACACUGGAGAAACUCAAGGGCAGCCUUACACUCCUUCAACGAUACCAUCCCAGUCGUAUCAGUGAGUUGAGGUCGCAAACAGAAUCCGCCAUUGAAUGCGCCAAUCGGUGGACAGACAACGUCUUCCAAGUUACCGGUUGGAUAAAGAAUAAAUUCGGCAUUGAUGAUGCUACUCUCGCCAAACAAUUCCGUAUACCUGAUAAUUUCGACUACAUUGAUACAUAA